GCACCUAAGAAUUAGAACAGAAGCCAAAAAACAGACGCUGGCACGCAAGGAGUCACCACUACUCACCUCAUCUGACCCAAAAAAAUAAAUAAAUAAUGUGUACUCUAGAGAAGCGCGGCGACAUCUUCUUCCUAACCCUAACCGGCGCCGGAGCCGGCGACGACGACAACGACGAGCACCGCCUCGGCCUCCCCGUCAUCUCCUCCCUCCUCUCCGCCCUCGCCGACGCCAAGUCCCAAUCCUCCCCCGGCUCCGUCCUCAUCACCACCGCCCGCGGCAAGUUCUUCUCCAACGGCUUCGACCUCGCCUGGGCCCAAACCGCCGGCUCCUCCUCCGCCGCCCGCCACCGCCUCCACCAGAUGGUCGUCGCCUUCAAGCCCGUCGUCGCCGCCCUCCUCUCCCUCCCCAUGCCCACCGUCGCCGCUCUCCCAGGCCACGCCGCCGCCGCCGGCCUCCUCCUCGCCCUCAGCCACGACUACGUCACCAUGCGGCGCGAUCGCGGCGUGCUCUACAUGAGCGAGGUCGACCUGGGGCUGCCGUUUCCGGACUACUUCGCGGCGGCGUUCCGGGCCAAGAUCGGGUCGGUCUCGGCUCGGAGGGACUUGCUGCUGAGGGGGAUGAAGGUGAGGGGAGAGGAGGCGGUCAGGAUGGGGAUCGUGGACUCGGCGCACGAUAGCGCCGAGGCGGCGGUGGAGGCGGCGGUGCGCGUGGCGGAGAAGCUCGGGCUGAGGAAGUGGAAGGGUGACGUGUACGCCGAGAUUAGGAUGAGCUUGUACCCGGAGCUAUGUGGCGUGCUGGGAUUGGACGCCAAAGUCGUCGCCACUCCGAAGCUCUGAGCUUGAAGGCGUCGUCUCAAUGUUUUCGAUCGAUUCAGCAAACUGGGAAGAAUUACUUUGAAAUUGAAAUUGAUUCUGGGUUUGAAACUCUGGAUUACUCUCUAUAAGAUUGUAACAAAUCAAAGCAAACAAGGAAUGUGAAUUACUGUCGAACCAUACUUGUGUUCGAAUCAAACUUUAGACUCUCGUU